UACAACUGCAACACUAUUUCCAACUGGGCGGCAAGGAUUCGUUCUGUGAUCGUUUGGAUGAAGAGAUCCCACAUGGCUAAAGUGGUUCUCAAAGAGAAGCAACAACUCCUCGAGCUGCCCCAGCACAUGCUUCUCCUAGAUGUGAGGACGAGGUGGAACUCUCUGUUUUUGAUGAUGGAGCGGUUUUGUGAGCAGUUUUCAGCCAUCCAAGCUGCUGCUGUAGACCCACGUCUACGAAAGCCCAUGGAGAAGGACAAGCUGGCCAGAAUUGGCAAUGAGGACCUGAGGAAAGCAGAGGAGUUCGUGCUGCUGAUGCGGAUGCACUAUACAUCCACACUUGCGGUCUCCAGUGAAAAAAACCCGACCUGUGGCCAGAUCCUGCCCAUCCUUCAAAAGCUGUCCAGGCAUUACACCGUGCAGGCAGAGGACUCUGCAUUCACCAGGAGCAUCAAGGAGAACAUUUGGAAUGAUCUCUCCAAGCGCUACCAGGAUGAUAUUGUCCAAGCAUUCCUGGAGGAAGCUACGGUGUUAGACCCCAGAUUCAAAUCCAAAGUGGACAUGGAUGAAAUCUGGGACCGAGUCAGGGCAGCUGCAGUGGCAGCUAACACACCGGCAGCUGCAGCAGGGGAGCUGACAGAGUGGGGAGCAACACCAAGGCAGGCAGAAGAAGAGGAUGAGGAAGAAGAUGAAUAUACCCCACCUGUAAAGCAGCAAAAGAAGACAGCCCUAGAGGAACUUUUUGAAGAAGAGGACAGUGAGCUUAUUUCCGUGCAGCAGCAGAAGACCCCUCUCUCCAUAACCCAAAGGGUGGAUCAAGAAGUCCAACUAUACCGAAGCCUUCCUCCCAUCCCAACCAAAGACAGCGCCACCCUCUGGUGGUGGAUGAAGAGGGACACAUUGCCAAUGUUGUCAGCUUUGGCUGAGAAAUAUCUCUGUGUCCAAGCAUCCUCAACACCAUCUGAAAGGGUUUUCUCCACAGCUGGAGACACCCUAAGUCCAGAGCGGUCUCGUAUCCUUCCUGAGAAGGCGAACAUGUUAAUUUUUCUGCACAAAAACUGCUAAUCUGCCAAUGUUAGCUGUAGUUGUGUUGUUGUUUGAUAUGGUAAUUUUUACAGAAGCAUUCUUUGUUUUAUGUCCACAUUAGUUUUGGGUCAAGUUGAAUGCAAAGCACUGUAAAUAUUCCCAAAUGUUAUCAUUUUGAUUGUAUUUCCUAAGGACCUUCAUAUCUUGCAAGGUACACAAAAGCUGCAUGAGGCCUCUAGACUCCUUUACAUUAGAGAAAUAAGUAAUCUAAACGUUUGUUUCCUAAGGUUACAUUAUUAGUGCAUGGAUAUGCCAAAUUUUUGUCCAAAGCUGACAAUAUUAAAGAGUUAAUGCAAACAGAA